GAAUUUGUUUAUCUAUUCAACGGGAUAUUUUUAGAUAAUUUAGCCUCAAUGACACAUAUUUACAAAUAACUACUUAUCAAAACGAUUUAUUUUCGAAACUGUUUAAAUAUAUAUCGACAUAGAAAAAGCAUUGGAAUUACAUUUUUUUUAUUAAUUAAAGCUCGUUUAUGUUAAUCAGAUAGGAAGAAUAUCUCAUAUAUCAUUAUCGUUUAAUCUUUUCAGUACAACUGUUCAACCUAUGGACGAAAUCACUUUUAGAUCUCAUUUUUCAUAUGCGCAACGCAUAUUAUGAAUAUUUUCAUGAAAACUUUUUCAAAAUUUCGAAAAUUAUUUUCUACCCGUUUCCGUAUUCCCCCAGAAGGAUGCCAUGCAACUAUUUUAGUCAUGACGAGUGUAACUUAAAAAUUUGAUUGGACGCUCUUGCAAAAUACAUCAAGCUUCUAACUUUAAUAUAGCUGCAUACACCGAACAGGUUUUAUGAUCAUGAUCGGCUUCUAUGAUAAAAAUCGUGAAUUCCUAACUGGUUUAAAUGUUUUCAAUCUGGUGAAAACUAAACAAAAAAUAAGUUAAUGUGUAUCUCGAAAUUUUCAUAUAAAAUAAAAAAAAAAAUUCUUUUUAUAAUUAAAUCAAUAAUAAUUGUUUAGAUGAGAUAUAUUUCGGAUGAAUAUAUACUUCAAUAUGAUUUAUCUUUUUAGUUGAUGAAAGUUCAUCUUGUCAACAAAUUCCAUUGAAUAAUUUAGUUGAAGAAUUAAUUGAUAAACAAGUUGAAUUAACAUGUGAUACUAUUUCAAAAAACAAAAGAAAACAUAAUAGAGAAUCGAUCAACGAUAUCGAUCAACCAGAAAAAAUAACUAAAAAAAUAAAAUCUAAUAUAUCAAAUAUUGAAAAUCCGUAUAUAGGUUCAAAUUUAUCCGAAUUCGAAGGAUAUCAAGGUUGGAAUAUUGAUUCGACUUUAGAAAAUAUAAUUAAAAAAAAAGAUAAACAAAAAAAACGUCAUAAAUAA